AUGCUUGUACCUGCAGCCAAGAACCCUCCACGGGCUCGAGAGCUCGCCUGCCAGAUAGAGCGAUCCCAACGAGACAAUGUACUGCGGGCAGCGGUCGAAGAAUACGACUACGAGGAAACCCGACGGAAGACUCGGAGUCUCGCCAUGGAGGGAAUCAACUCGGAUAUGUGGCAUUCAUACCUAGAGGAUCGAGGCUCAUCGGAGCGACAGAUGAGAGUACCCAAGCCUAAGGAAGGUCAUGCUCUACCCUACUGUAAGUGCAUGGUGUAUGACGAGGUAGCGGAGCACUACUAUGAUGAGGACAGGAACUGGGCGUACAACCCAAGAACGGGUUUCUGGUAUCAUCGUGAUGGUGUGUACUAUACCUACUACGAGCCUUUGGGUGUACUCGUUGGUUAUGCUAAGGACUCACCGGUUAGGGCGCUGCCUGGCGAAGCAGAGCUUUCGGAGGAGCAGGAGGCUAGGAUUCGAAAGGAGAUCAGUCGAGUGGCAUCAGGGUUGCCAUCACAAGCAGCGCCAUCGGCCCGCCGAUCGGCUGAGAUCGGUGACGACCCGUCUGAAGGCAGUGCCGGGCUUGAUGGACGUGAGAGUCGGUCGAAGCCAUCAAAGGUACAGUCCAUGAGUGAUGAUGGUAAGCUGCAGCGUGGCAAUGAGGCGGGUCUUCCAGUUGUGGGAGGGAAGAAGGGUCAGCGGACGACAGAGGCCGAGCGGAGUUCUCUGGGAAGCUCCAAACUAGCAUCGAUUUACUUCAACCCGAACCAGUUUGGGACGAUGUCGUUGCCUCGGCUGCCCCCACAGGAGCAGAAGACUCGUUUGCAACCACAGUCUGUUGCCCUGGAGACUGCCCCCGCGCCGCUGGCCAGCGAGCCGGUGAUUCUGAGCAAGCAACCACUUGGUGAGACGAGGAAGCGGCUGGUGAGCUCGGGAGGAGAUGGCAAGGAGGGAGCUAUCUGCAUGCUUUGUCAACGGAGAUUCAACUCGGUUGAACUUCUCUUACGACACGAGAAACUGUCGAAGAUGCACAAGGCGAAUCUAGAGAAGGAAAAAAAGCAAUCGAUGGAGAGCCAGGGAGAAAGCGACUUGCCGCCUUGGCGGAAAGCUGUGAAAUAG